GUUUGUUUCACAACCGCUUUUUGAAGUAACGGACGCUGUGUCCUAAUUUGUGAAGUUUUAUUAAUUAAUUGAAUAUUUUAUGUGUUUUAUAUUAUUCUUGUUUUUAUCAUGGGUAGAAAAUCAAGACCGCGAGCUGAAAACGACGUAUCAAGUGAUUCCGACGAUGAGUUAAAUCUAUCUGAUGAAGAAGGAGCAGUAAGAGUGGAUGGCAUUUACAUUCCGCCAGCACCAGUUCCAUAUUGUAGUGUUGAAAACAAAGGUCCAAGAUUAGUGAUCACAAAAAUAGUGAACAGCUUCUUCAAAAGCUAUGCUAAUAAUGUCGUCCUGGGGCCAUUCCACAAAUCAUUUAAUUCCAUCAUUGGUCCUAAUGGUAGUGGGAAAAGUAAUGUCAUUGAUUCAAUGUUGUUUGUGUUUGGCUUCAGGGCCAAUAGAAUGCGAUCAAAGAAAUUGUCAGUUUUAAUUCACAACUCGUCGAAAUUUACGAAUGUUCCAAGCGCGACGGUUUCUGUACACUUCUGUCGAAUUAUCGAUAAAACUGAUGAGGAAUUCGAAGAUGUUCCAAACAGCGAAUUUGUUGUUUCGCGCACGGUUAAUAAAGAUAACUCAUCGUAUUAUACGAUUGGCAAUCGGCGAGUGCACUUUAAAGAAGUGGCGGUAUUAUUAAAAGAGAAUGGAAUUGAUUUGAAACAUAAUCGGUUUUUGAUUCUGCAAGGAGAGGUCGAACAGAUUGCAAUGAUGCCGGCGAAGUCGAAUGGUAGCGAUUCUGGUAUGCUGGAAUAUUUGGAGGAUAUUAUUGGGACUACAAGAUAUAAAGAACCGUUGCUUCAACUUGCCGAACGCGUUGAAGUUUAUUGGGAGAAACGCACGGAAAAGGCAAAUCGUUUAAAAAUUGUUCAAGAUGAAGUGGAAGUUCUUCGAGAACCUAUGGAGGAAGCUGUGGAAUUUCUUAAGCUAGAAAAUGAGAUUGCUAGGGAGAAGAAUGUUGUAUAUCAACACAAUAUCUAUGCUACGAAAGAAAACGCGAAAGAAGUAAUCGAAGAAAAGGAAGAAUUAGAAAAAGAAGUCGAACAAAUGAAGAGCAAGUUGGAUAAUAUCAGCAAACAGAAGAAGGAAAAGCAAGCCGAGUUACAAGACGUUGCAAAGAAAUACGAAGUCAUGGAAAAGCGCAAAGAAUCUCUAAAAGAAGCAUAUGACUGUGCAAACAGUCAGCAUGUCGAGCUGCAGGCACAAAUGCAACAGAUGAAUUCCGAUCGACACAAGUACAAAGCGCAGUUGGAGAAUGAAAAGAAAAAAUUGGAGAAAUACCAAAAGGAACCUAAAGAAAUCGAAGCAAAAAUCGCUGAUUGUGAAAAAGGAAUUGAGAAGUUAACGCCAAAAGUAGAAGAACUUCAAAAAGAGAAAAUGCAUCACCUGGCUACAAUGAAAGACCUCACCAAGGAUUUACAAAGUGAAAAGGACAUUUUAACCGAGGACUUGAAGGUUUUAAAGGAUGCUGUCACCGAAACUAAAACAGCUUUUACUGUAGCCGAGAGUGAAUUGAAAGUGUUGACAAGAAAUUCCGAUCAGGAGACACAAAAGUUACAAAAACUUGAAGCAACGUAUGAGGAAAUUCGCACUAAUAUCCAACAAUUAACUGAUGAAACAAAGAAAUUAAAUUCUGUGAUUCCCACUAAAGAAAAGGAACUACAGAAAGCUAAUAGUGAAUUACCAGGGAUAAAGGCGAAAGAAGAACAAUUACUGCAUCAUCUCAGGUCGACAAGGUCAAAAGUACAAGAGUCUAAAGCCGCUAUGCAAGCCUCCUCGAGUAAAAAUCGCGUUUUAGAUGCGUUAAUGCAACAGAAGCGCGAAGGGAAAAUUCCUGGCUUUUAUGGUCGAUUGGGUGAUUUAGGAGCUAUUGAUGCUAAAUACGACGUCGCCAUUUCCACUGCCUGUGGUCCCUUGGACAACAUUGUCGUCGAUACGGUAGAAACCGGUCAAUGGUGCAUAGAAUUCCUAAAAAAGCAUGACAUAGGUCGCGCUACAGUAAUCGUCUUGCACUUGCAACAGCAUUUAUUAGACAAAUGCAACACUGAAAUCCAAACACCCGAGAAUGCUCCGCGACUUUUUGAUUUGAUUCGUACUCCUGAUGCACGUUUUCGCCCUGCUUUUUAUUAUGCUCUACGUGAUACUCUUGUCGCGAAUGAUUUAGAUCAAGGUUCGCGGAUUGCCUACGGCGAGCAACGUUUUCGUGUUGUUACACUAAAAGGUGAAUUGAUUGAAAUCAGCGGUGCGAUGAGUGGCGGAGGUAAUCGGGCAAUGCGUGGUCGAAUGGGACAAUCCGUCCAGGUUGAAAUCAAUCCACAAGAGUUGGCUGAGAUUGAACGCGAAAUGUCCGAACAGGAAGGUAUAUUGUCUCAAUUGAGACAAAAACAGAAUCAAUUGGAAACUUUGGUUGCAACUGUGCAGCCAGAACUUCAUCAAAUGAAAAUUGCGAAUGAAAAGAUGAGUAUUGAGUUGAGAGGACUUCAGAAACGUGAACCUACUGUAGUUGCCCAAAUUAAGGAGCAGAAAAACAAAGUAAAACGUGUUUCGAUUAAUUUAGACAAAGUCCACAAGAUGGAGAAAGAAGUUGAGGAAAAAAAGUGCGCUUAUGAUGAAGCUGCGGAGAAAGCGCAGGUUGUACAAGAAAAAGUUGAUACAUUAACACAGGAGAUUAAGGAUAAAUCGCAGGGGAAAGUAAAAGUUUUAGAUGGGAAAUUAAAAGAAUGUAAUAAGAAUAUUGAUAAGCUAAAAACAGAAAUAACUCGUCUGAAAGUCAAUAUAAAUACAACUGAAAAAAAUGCGGUAAAAUCAGAGAAGUUAGUUGAGUCACUGCAAGAAAGUAUCAAAUCAGCGGAGAAUCAAUUGCUGCAGAUGAAAGCUAAACGCGAUGAGAUUGAAGCUGAUGCUGCCAAGUUUGUUAAAUUGAUAGAGGAUUUGUCGGCGGACAUUUUGGAAGGCACCGGAGAGUACAACGACUUGAAAAAUGACGUAAAAGAGCUGGAAAGAUGCGAAACAGGGUUUAAAUCUGAGAAAAUCGAACUGGAUCAAAAGAUGAAGACGCUAAAGGAAGCUUUGUAUGAGGUAGAGCAGAAAAUACGCGGGUUUCAAGCAAAAUUAUCAAGUUUAAAACUUCAAGAAAUCCCAACAGAAAUAACAGAACCAUUCAAAAAAUACACUGAUGAAGAACUCGAAAAGACUGAGAUUGAAAAAGUCCUCAAACAAAUCGGUUUAUGCGAAAUCCAACUCCGUAACACCAAACCUAAUCUUGCUGCUAUAGAAGAAUAUCGUAAAAAAGCCGCCUUGGCCGCCGAACGCUCCAGAGAACUCGAUGAAGUUCUCCUAAAAUGGCAGGCGGUGCGUGAAUGCUAUGACAAUCUACGCGCGCGUCGCAAAGACGAAUUCCUCGUUGGUUAUCGCAUCAUCAAAGGUAAACUCAAAGAAAUGUACCAGAUGAUAACAAUCGGCGGUGAUGCAGAUUUCGAACUUGUCGACACCUAUGAUCCAUUCAGUGAAGGCGUCCUACUUCGUGUGCGUCCACCGAAGAAGACGUGGAAACACAUUUCGAAUCUCAGCGGCGGUGAGAAAACCCUAUCCAGUUUAGCGUUAGUAUUCGCUUUGCAUUAUUACAAACCCUCACCUCUAUACGUCCUUGACGAGAUUGACGCGGCGUUAGAUUUCAAAAACGUUUCAAUCAUAGCUAACUACAUAAAAGAACGUACGAAAAACGCGCAGUUUAUCAUCAUCUCGCUGAGAAACGAGAUGUUUGAGUUGAGUUGUCAUUUGAUCGGGAUUUACAAGCCGGAUAACACCACGAUGACUGUCACGAUUGAUCCGAGGAAGUUUGACGGUGAGAAACAGGUGGAACAAGUCAGAGGACAACAGAAGGACGCAGAAGUUGAUUUGUCUCUUGAACCUACUGAGAUGGAAUCACUUUCUACAAUUGGUAGUGUUUUGGCGACAACAAACGGCACUGUAAUGGUUACACAAAAUACACAAGACCAAAACGGAAGAAAAAGUGUACCUGCGGAGGAAAAUGGAUUACCACCAUCACAAGAAGACAUCUUCGCAUCACAACAAUCACGCACAUCUGAAAUAUCUGACAUAAUUCCACCUUCACAGGAACAGGAACCCGAAACCAAUAUGGAGGUUGAUUAGGUAAUAAUAUUCGUCUGUGAACGUUUUUAAUUUAAUUUUUUAUAUACUGAA